AUGAAAGGAUUUAAAAAAAUUACAGAACAAUAUGAACAAAUCAGGCAAAAUUUACGAAAUCGUAAAAAUGCAUAUAAGUAUAACAUCAGAGGGGGAGUGCAUUUUCCAAUGGAAGAAUAUUACUUUGAAAAGAAAGUCCUUCACAGUUUAUGUCUAGUCAUUAGAAGUUAUUAUAAUAUGCUGAUACUUUUUAGAAAAGAUAAAAAAGUAUGUGGAACAGACAAAAGGAAAUGUAGACACUUAAGUAAUGGUCAUACAGAAAAGCAUUCUGAUAGUACUACGUCAAAGAAAUGGGAAAAAUGCAGAAAAAAAAAAAAAGGAAGAAUAGGUAAAGCAAUUCAAGAUCAUUUUACUAAGAAGAUUUUGGAAAAAAAAGCUAUACAACGUCGACAUGUAGAAAUGGUAAAACGGUUCCUUAGGACUGACAGAUCCAUUUGCACUUUCAGAAAGUACGUGGAGGAGGUGUUUUGCAAAAGGGAUUUCAGUCUCACCCACGCUGAGAGGAACGUGGGGCCACCAUACAACAGUGUUAUGAACCUUGACAAGGCUAUAGAAUUUGAUAGUGUUAAGAACAUUGACAAGGCUAUAGAAUUUGACAAGGUUAAGAACCUUGACAAGGCUAUAGAAUUUGACAAGGUUAAGAACCUGAAGAGUUCUAGAAACUGUGCGAACUUCGAGAAGUGGGAAGGGAGAAGGCACAGGAACGGCAUUGCGGGAUGCACACUGCAAAAGAAACAAAGAAUUCAUGUAAGCAUAGAAAAGAGCAUCCAUUUCAACCAUUUCAUAGGGAAUGUGAUGAAUUUCUUACAUGUGGCGCUUCACAAUAACACAUGUUAUGAACAUGUUCAGGUAAAUUGUGGAAAAGAUAAACUCGAAUUUGCGAAUAAUUUCAACAAUAUGGAAAGCAAAAAUUGGUGGAACAAAAUAAUAGGAGAAGAUAUGAGGAGGGAAAAACAACUCAGACGAAUAGUCACAAGUGUGAAGAAACAGCCUGCACAGAAAGAGCCAAUAACACAUUUCACAAAAAAUAUAAAAGGAAAAGAAAUAACCUUUAAGAGAAAUCUCAAGAAUAAUGAUCAUAAAAAGAGCAGUGAUGAGAGUGGUCAUAAUAAGGACCGUGAUGGGAGUGGUCGUAGUCGUAGUCGUAGUCGCAGUCGCAGUCGCAGUCGCAGUCGUGGUAGUGGUCAUAAGGUGGAAUGUCGAAAAAUAAUAAAAAUUUUGAAAAAAAAAAAAAAUGUAAAUAAUUCUUCAUUUCAGAAUUUAGAAAAAAAUAUCUACCCUUGGGCUUAUAAAUUAGAUGAACACUACUAUAAUUACAACUUUCUCAUUCGCACACUCGAUUCUAAUUUGUUAUACAUCAUAGACAAUGAUAAUACCUUGUUAAAAGUUCUAUUGUUCUUUAACAUGCUAAACUUGGUUGUUAUCUAUCUGUAUAUUACCACUUCUCCCAAUGAUCACUACCUUUUCUCCGUCUUAUCUGUCUUCUUAGAAAUAACUAAGAAUUUUUCUCAGACCUUUAAGUUGACAUCCUGUGGUCUAACAGAUUGGAACAAGUCACAUAUGCUGUUUUAUGCAUUUGCUAGUAUUGUAAGUCAGAACAAACUGGACUCUCGACCCCCCACGCUGAGCGGAAUAAGUGAGAAUUCUGACAGAGGUAACACCAUUAGCAGCCGCAAGUAUAUACCUGGUUUGUGUGACGAACGGGGCCAGGUUGAGGAAAGGAUCGAAAGUAGCUCAUCCACUCAGGGAAAUAACAAUAGUGCAGUGUAUAAGAAUGGAAAAGAUGUAACUUCUUUCUUUAGUGUGGAGGGAUUCCAUUUCAUGCAUGACAGUAGUAGUGUCAUGUCAAGGCGGGAUACCCGAGAAGAAAGAAUUCCGGAAAGUAAUACCUUAGAGAACAAUCUGAACAGCGGCCUGGAAUAUAUGAACGGAGAAAAUAAAAAAAAAAGAAUAAAAGUACCACUUAAUAGCAAUAAGUACUGCUAUUAUUCGAUGAUUCAAGGGGAACAGGAAAUUGAUUCUGUAAAUCUAGCUAUUCAUGUAAGGCACACAAAUAGUGAUAACAUAUGUUUUUAUAAAAAGUAUAUAGAAGAACACAUUCAAAAUAUUUUUUUAAAUUCGUACAAUUUAAAAGAGUUAAAAAAAACGACUUGUUCAGGGGAAAUAAAAGAGAAGGAAGGAACACGCGUUAUGUUGGUACUUCAAAACUGUAGGCAAUUAUUUCGCGAUUUUUUUAAAGGUAUUGUACCAUCAUGA